AUGUGGUCCAGUUACGAAGAACGGGCCGUACGAGGUCGGAUGCUCCCUAGAAUUUUUGCUGUGCUGCUAUAUCCGAUAAAGUAUCACCGAAACAAGAAUCCAGGCUCGAGAAAGCCAUGGAAUGGCAGCAUUUUUGGCGUGCCUAUUUUAGGGCGCUUUAUCUCUUUCAAGCGCUGGAUUUCUUUUCGAAAAAACCUUAAGUUGAGUAAUGCACGAUCCAUAUUUGAAGCGAGAUGUCCCGAUUUCUCAAAGGAUGAUGAUUCACGAAUGGGGUGGAAAAAAAUGGAUUUCGUUGGCCAUUUGCUCAUUUGCGCUUUGCUUUUGUGA